AUGCCUCGGUCUCUUCCCAAAGUCAGCUCUGCCUCGCGCGAGCAAGAGGAUGUCGAGAACCCACAUACCACUCGCACAGCACCGCCCUCCCCGACGGCCUACAGACGAUCCCAAAGUUACCUCGCCGAACCACACACGGGCUACCAAUCCCUCGAUGCCCCACUAGAGGUUACAGAAAAUACAAGCCUCUUGGGUUCUGCCCAGGGGUCGGGCAGACGAGCUCCGCGGCGAUCAUACACCAGCACGUCCGGUGCAUCGAUCCUGGGGACGGAAUCAUUGCGGCACCUUCUGGCAGCCGGGAGUCUGCGUCGAACACGGAACCACAGCCGAGCCAACUCUGUCGGCAAGCGGAUGAGCCGUCGGGGAAGUAUUGACGACGAGAGUAGACCGGCUAGUCUUCCUGCGUCCACCAAGGAUAAUCUGACUGCUUCAUCAUUCCUGGAUGAGCGUACCUGGUAUGAUCAAUUCACUUCUACCGACUGGGUGCACGACAGUAUCGCCGAUGGAGCUCGCCUUCGCCUACUCCGUCAACGUAAAGACAUUCGCGGCCGACUUCUGGCUGCUUUCGAUGGUGCGCAAGGAUGGAUAUUGGUUGCUCUGAUUGGCUGUAUUACAGCUGCCAUCGCUUACUUUGUCGACACCACUGAGGGUGCGCUAUUCGAUUUGAAGGAAGGCUUCUGCACGACCCGCUUGUUUAGAGGUCGACGGAGCUGCUGCGAGGGUUUGGCCAUUUGUGAUGGAUGGCGGACCUGGUCGAGUAUCUUCCGGCCAUCCAACACUGACAACAUAUGGAUCGACUUCUUUAUGUUUGUAGUAUGGGUUGUGGCUUUGGCUCUCAUUUCAUGCGCGUUGACUUUGCUUACAAAGACCGUUGUUCCUUCGUCUAUUUCUCUCGCUACGCUUGAUGAGAACCUGGGCGCCGACUCCCGAGGUACGAAAUCUGGAAAUGGACUUGAAGCUUUGGCGUCACCUCUCUCCGAGCCAGAAUCUAGUCCGCCGCCACAUGGAAGCUUUCCGAAUCACCCACCGCGUCCGGCUAUGAUCUAUUAUUCUGCUGCUGGCAGUGGAGUUGCCGAAGUCAAGGUCAUCAACAGUGGCUUUGUUCUUCAUGGAUAUAUGGGAUUGAAGACACUAGUCGUUAAGACCAUUGGUCUUAUAUUUAGUGUUUCCUCUGGUCUGAGUCUAGGCAAGGAAGGUCCAUACGUUCACAUUGCCACGUGUGUUGGCAACAUUUGCUGUCGUUUGUUCGCCAAAUACAAUCAGAAUGAUGGUAAGCGACGUGAGGUCUUGAGUGCCAGUGCUGCUAGUGGUGUUGCUGUCGCUUUCGGUGCUCCCAUUGGCGGUGUUCUGUUCAGUCUCGAAGAAGUCAGUUACUACUUCCCACCGAAGACCCUCUUCCGAACUUUCUUUUGCUGUAUUGCGGCAACUCUAUCUCUCAAGUUCCUCAACCCCUAUGGAACUGGCAAAGUCGUCCUCUUCGAGGUCCGAUACUUGUCCGACUGGGAGAUAUUUGAGAUCUUCGUCUUUAUCCUCCUCGGUGUAAUGGGAGGUGCAGCUGGUGCUCUUUUUAUCAAAGCCUCGAGCUUGUGGGCUCGGUCAUUCCGACGUAUCCCAGCCAUUAAGCGGUAUCCAAUGCUGGAAGUUUUCCUGGUUGCGCUGAUCACAGGUCUCGUCAGCUUCUGGAACCGAUACACCAAGCUUCCUGUCACUGAGCUACUAUUCGAGCUGGCGAGUCCAUGUGAAUCGGACGUGGAGAGCACUGGGCUUUGUCCCCGCGAAGAAGGCAUUCUCGAUAUCGUCCAGUACCUCAUGGUGGCAUUUGUUAUCAAAAGUGUUCUGACUAUCAUCACAUUCGGCAUCAAGGUCCCUGCAGGCAUUUAUGUCCCGUCCAUGGUGGUCGGUGGUCUGAUGGGACGGAUCGUCGGACAUUUGAUUCAAUACUGGGCUCUUAUGCAUCCAACAUUCUUCUUGUUCGACUCUUGCCCUGCUAUUGCUGGAAUCGAGUCCUGCGUGACCCCUGGCGUCUACGCUUUGAUUGCCGCAGGUGCAACUAUGUGCGGUGUGACACGGUUGUCAGUUACGCUAGCUGUCAUCCUCUUUGAAUUGACAGGAAGUCUCAACCAUGUUCUUCCGUUCUCUCUGGCAGUUCUUUGUGCCAAGUGGACAGCAGAUGCCAUUGAACCUCGCAGCAUUUAUGACCUUUUGACCGAUAUGAACUCCUACCCAUUCCUCGACAGCAAGCUCCAACCAACAACCGACGCAGAGCUGGGUGAUAUCGUCCGACCGGUGCGGAAGAACCGAGUAAUCGAUAUCUCCGAAUCGCCAUUCCUGUCCGCACCACAGCUUCGUUCAAAGCUGGAGCAUCUACUCAUGGCCGGUGAACUGGACAGUGGACUCCCAAUUCUGCGUGAUGGUGUCUUGACAGGACUGAUUCCGGCACCUGAUCUCGAAUACGCAUUAGAUACCCUCGGAGACGAAGAAGAAAAUACAAUCUGUCUGAUGGCCAUGGAUGCAUCUAUCGCUAUCUACGAUAGUGAGAAUGAGGAUGCUGAGCAGGUUGACUUUACUCGAUAUAUUGACCCGGCUCCAAUUGCUCUUGAUGUUCAUUCUCCCAUUGACCUGGUUUACCAAUGCUUUGCCAAACUUGGUCUUCGAUAUCUCUGCGUUACCCAGGGCGGCAAAUAUGCUGGCCUUGUGCACAAGAAGGCAUUUGUCAAAUUCAUGAAGGAUAAUAGCGACUAG